CAGCCGGCUGGUUGGCUCAUCGCUCCCUUCAGACAACUCACACCUGCUGUAUUUAUUACUCAGUAAGAUUCCCGGUAUAAUGUCGGAUUUCGAGGAAUUUGAGAAACAGCUGAGCGAGAAUCGACAAGAGAGAGAAAGAGAAAGACACAAGAAGAGGAGUCGCAGUGGAUCCCCCGGCCGAGGCGACAAGCAUCGCAGCUGGAGCAAAGACCGAGGGAGCCGCAGCCGAGAGAAGCGAAGCCGCAGCCGAGACCGGAAAAGCCGGGACCGCCGGAGCGCCUCCCGGGACCACAAGAAGCACAGCCACUCUCCGAGGCGAACGAGGAAGAAAAGGACCUGCAAAUAUUGGGAUGUGCCCCCUCCUGGCUUUGAACACAUCACACCAAUGCAAUAUAAAGCUAUGCAAGCGGCUGGGCAGAUCCCAACAAUAGCUCUGCUGGCGACGUCGACCACCACUGGAGUGGCUGCAGCGCCAACACAAGUACCCAUAGUUGGCAGUCAGAUGACAAGACAAGCCAGACGCCUCUAUGUUGGAAAUAUUCCCUUUGGAGUGACGGAGGAGUCCAUGGCGGAGUUCUUCAACGCUCAGAUGCGGCUUGCAGGCCUUUCACAAGCUCCAAGCAACCCUGUACUCGCUGUGCAGAUUAAUCAGGAUAAAAACUUUGCUUUCCUCGAGUUUCGGUCUGUAGAUGAGACGACCCAGGCCAUGGCUUUCGAUGGAAUAAUUUUCCAGGGUCAGUCGCUGAAGAUUAGAAGACCUCAUGACUAUCGGCCUUUACCUGGCAUCUCAGAGCAGCCGGCUUUCCACGUCCCAGGUUUGUUACUGACGGGCGUCGUCUCCACAGUCGUUCCCGAUUCCCCCCACAAACUGUUUAUAGGAGGCCUGCCAAACUACCUUAACGAUGACCAGGUAAAGGAGCUCUUGACAUCGUUCGGGCCUCUCAAAGCUUUCAAUUUAGUGAAGGACAGUGCCACGUCACUGUCCAAAGGUUACGCCUUUUGCGAAUAUGUAGACGUCAGCGCCACAGAUCAGGCAGUUGCUGGGCUUAAUGGGAUGCAACUGGGCGACAAAAAGCUGAUUGUCCAAAGGGCGAGUGUGGGAGCUAAAAACGCCAAUCCUACCUCCAUUAUAGAGACCCCGGUGAUGCUGCAGGUCCCUGGGCUCCAGAGGCUGCAGAACUCUGGUAUGCCCACGGAGGUGCUGUGCCUUCUCAACAUGGUGAUGCCCGAGGAACUGGUGGACGACGAGGACUACGAGGAGAUCCUGGAAGACAUCCGCGAGGAGUGCUGCAAGUACGGCAGCGUCCGCUCCAUCGAGAUCCCCCGACCCGUUGACGGCGUGGAAGUCCCCGGAUGCGGAAAGAUCUUUGUGGAGUACGUUUCUGCUGCAGACUGUCAGAAAGCCAUGCAAGCUCUCACCGGCCGCAAGUUUGCCAACAGAGUGGUGGUCACCAAAUACUACGAUCCUGACAUGUAUCACAGACACGAGUUUUGAAAGCACAGAUGAAUCUCGACGGGAGCCUCUCCUUCUUCCUCUCUGUUUGUGAGCUCGGGUUCAAAUGGUUUAUUUACUCCUCUGAAUGUUGUGAACGUGUCCUUAGAGACUAGACCUGGAAAAAGACUUGUUUUAUCACAUCUUCCACUUAAACUGGACUGCAGUGUGUGUGUGUGUUUCUUCAGUACAGAAUAUCUAACUCCCAGCUUCAGCCUAAUACUCGCACAGUAAUCUUAUCUCAUUCUGAAUUUUGAAAAAAUACCGUAGUGUUCAUUACAUUUGUAGUAGGAUGAAUGUGACAUGUAUCUUACCUAAACCCUAAACUAAUACUGCCUGACAAUGCCAGAGUAGCUGUCUUAUCAAGUAUGCACUAUAUCAGAAGAAACAACAGUCAAAUGUUUAGAUUUCCCUACGCACAAACAUUUAUCUCUCUGUUUUAGAUCUAGAUUUGAGAAGUCAUCACGUUGUUUGUGUGGCUAUGCCAGACAAAAAGCUUUUAUUUAUGUAUUUAAUUAUUUUUUCAAAAUAAUAUUUUCUUCUAUACCUCGCAUAUUUAAUGUCCCUUAAACAAAUAUGAUGCUUUUACCUGUACUACACUGACCAAACAUUUUUUUGACUAAGGCGAAAUUAAUCAUUUUGUCAUUUUGUAAAUAUGAAACAUUAAUGUCUAAAGAUAAGAAAUAUAUUAAAUUGGCCAAGCAUACUGGAAAUUACUUGAAUUAUAACGUAAUCAGAGUUGACUUGUCUUGGUUGAAAAAUGUUUAAUCAAACCAAAGCCAGAAGAGCAAACAAGUAAAGAGCUGAUUAAACUGUGUUUAUUAGCUCUAAUGUAAGCUGCAAAUGUUAGCAUGUCUUGCUAACUGAGCGUACCUCCAAAGCCAAGGAGUCUUAUUCACUACCACUUGGAAUAUUCUUCAAUAAAACUUCAGCUUGACCUCUUUAUUAAUAGUGAGACAGUUCCAAAGUUUAAUUGCUAAUCUCAUUGAUCUGUAACUGUCAUUGCUUUUCAUUUUGUCUUCGUUUUAAUUGGUAUGUAUUCUUAAUGUCAUUGCUGUUUGAUUUUAGCUGUGUAUGCAUUUAUUAUAUGUACCUCGGCACAAUUGAAAAUCAAGGGUUCUUCCUCAAUGUGUUGUCUUUUCAUACUUGUGAUUCAGGGACUAACUAAAGUGUCUCUGCACUGCAAUACAACAUCAACAAUUGUGUUUAUUUCCAUAUUUUCUACAUUUGAUCAUCAACUGGUGAGGACUUUUUUAGCCUGGGACCUGUUGGCUUCAGCCUCAAUCCUUUAGCACAAAAUAAUUUAUAAAGCCAUUAAGAUUAUAUUGAAGACCCCUUUUUAUGAGAUUCUCAUUUUAAGUCAGCCGGAGACACAGUUUUUAAUCAGUUCAGUUCGAGCAGUGUUAACGUUAGCUUAAUUUGCUAACUUAGCCGCUUAGCAGCUGAGAAAAUCUACCACCUUUUCAGUCGCAAAAUCUACAGUCACCAGCUACAAAUGAGAAGCUGCUUUUGUCUACUUCUAUCUUAAAUCAAGGUCCCAUUGUUUAAUAAAUUACUGUGAAUUUAUUAAUUCGCCUGGUGCACAAGAUGGCGUCUUUCAACUUCAACCACAUGUGCUGAAUGAGAACAGAAAUCGUAAUUGGCACAGCAGCAAUAACUCACCUUUUACAAUCUGUUGUCAAAAUCUGAGUAACAAAACCAAGUCUGUCUUCAUGGUCCCACUGACAAAAUAAAGCAGAUAUGAACAUGUGAA